CCUUAUUGCUUAAUUGUAAAAGGGAAUAGGUCAAAGAAAAAUUCAACAGCUCAGAGAAACCCCCUGAUCCGAGCCAUACAUUUACAUGAAUAAUGGUUCCUGCUAAAGUCUGACAGGAACCGACAGUCUGGUCCAGUGAAAUCACUUGAUGCUUUCCCCCGGCACAGGAGCACUGUGGAGAGGAAGGAUUCACAGAUCAGUUGUUGUGGGAAUGUCACCCACACCAAACAUCUCAUCCAAUGACCCAGCCAUGGACCGUCCACCUUUAGUGCCCCAUGUGUAAAUACACAUCCCUAAGAGACACACCGUGAGACUGGUUUUCACAAGACCACAAUGAACUGCCUCCAGCACAUCAAGGAGACUGCUGAGUACAUGUCCAGUUACUCACGAACACUGGAGGACAUGUCACAACUCUACGCUGAGGUAGGGAUAUCUUUGCUCUGACUAAACACUCACAAAAUUAACUCAAAAUACUGUAGAAAUGCUCAAUUUGAUUUUCAGAUCAUUUGAAGGACAAGCACAGAUACACUACCGUCCCAUCUUGAAGCUGGAAGACCACAACCGUUUCUAUGCGCUACUAGAGAUCUAUGCGGGAGUGAAACAUUACCUGAAGUAAAUCUGUGGAGCACUCGUUUCACCUCCUGGUGAACGGGCAGUUUGAGGACGUCCAUCGCUGAGAGCUGGAGGUACGGCAAGCAGUCAGCCAAUCAGUCCCAGCGGAUUAAGCUGAUCCAGUCCUACAGUGGCUUCCUGGAUUACUUCAUCUGGUGUGGGGGGAGAAAAAAAGUCCACCGUCUGCAUCACUGAUGCUGGAAUUUUACAACGAUCACGAGGGAGCUGUGAAGGUUCUGAAUGACUAUGCCUAUGACAACAGUUUGCCUCCCCAAUGCCCAUGUCUACCUCUACCGGUACAUGAAGAAAUGCAACCACCCAUCAAAUAAACUGCUCAGUGCUCAAGCCUUAGGUCCUGCAUACAUUGGUCCCAAGUCACGAGUUAAUGCUGGAAUACAGUUCUCUUCUGCUACAGUCCGUGUCUUAUCUACGGGAUCGGUGUCCCUCCACUGCGACAGUUGAGCUAACGUGCACUAAUGUGAUUAGCAUAACAUUAGAGAGUGAUCUUCAGAAGGCUCUAGGUGUUGUUCUGGAUCUCCUGGACUUAUCCAGUUGGAGGAGAAACUUGAAUGUCUGGAACCAUUUGAUGACCAUCGUGAAGAGGCUGAGGCCCAGAAAACAAUGGCUGAAGAUUGUUGCAGAGGAGUUGGUGAACAGAAUAGACUGGUGGCUAGCAAUGCACUUCACAACAUUCCAGGCCAGGAGAGACUUGGCAGUGAAUGGGGUGCUACUGGAAGUGAAGUGCUUUGUGCUUGGAGCCUUUUGUCCUCGCUAUGCCUUCAUGUACCGUGGUGUAGGUAAGGACACCCAAAAAGAAGUUACUUCCGAGGCGCAGAAGACUAAAAGGUCAGAGAAGGAUAAGGAAUCCAAGACGGCUAAGGCUCAGAAGAGAAUGCGGAAAGAAAGCUCACUUUGAGAAAGCGUCUCGGAACGCUGCUGGGCGCAUCGGCGAGAACCGAAACCUUUCAAAAAUACGUGAAAACCUUCUACCAUUGCCUGAUCAUGGCAGACAUAACCUCCUCAUGCGGUCAUCGGGUCAUACUCUCUCCCCUUCCAUGACAGCUGCUCCAACUACACCCCCUCACUGCAGGCCUCACUCUCCUUGCAUUGCUUUACUUCUCAAGUUCUACAAUUGUCCACCAGGGAGGGCUCACACGAUGGCUAAGUUUUGAGUCGUUCUGAAUGCUGCUGAGCCAGUAACUGAGAGCUGUGUUCACUGUGGUAGUUCGUAGGGAAAAAAGGAGGCUGGGUAUGCUGCAGUAUUAAGUCUAGGACAUGGUACACAGCUCUCCCAAUGGGUAGAUCGCAGCCAACAUGUAUGAGUAGCUCACCAAGCAAUUCUGAAAGUACAUGCAUGUUUUUCAUGUGUUCCCAUCGCAAACUUUCAUAAACAAGCUCCUGGCUACUAUUCAACAAAAACCACAUUGACAUUACCCUACCCCUGGUUAGCCACUAUUAGCUUAAAAAGCCCAAAUUAACACUAAAUCUGCCAAUUUAUUUCUGGCAAUAUAUCCAUUUGCCUCAGUCUGUCUGCUUGGUACGUGCAUUUGUCUAUCACUCAGUAUGCUGCCAGUUAGCCGUGCUAGUAAUGAUAACCAUCUUGUGGGUAGACAGACUUCCUGCAAAAACUCAAUUAAAUGGUAACUGCAAAGCAGGCUUGCCUGACAGAAAGAUAUGAUUAUUUUUAUCAAUUGGGUGGCCAUCCUUUUGCAAACGCUGCCAUGACGUGCUGCAGCCGUAGGCCUAACAAACAUCACUACACUGACACAUUCCCCACUUUCUGAAUGCGCAAUUAAAGGGGAGUUGCACAUGAAAAUUGAAAUUUAUUUUUUAUUUUUCAGACUUCAAUUGCUCUUCUUUAAAUUCUGAAAUUUCCUUCCCCAAUUACAUUUUCUGUCAAGAUAGAACUGCUGAAGGGGGUGGAGUUGCUAUCUACUGUAGAGAGAGCCUGCAAAGUUCUGUCAUUACUAUCCAGGUCUGUGCCCAAACAGUUCGAGCUUCUACUUUUAAAAAUCCAUCUUGCCAGAAAUGAGUCCCUCACUUUUGCUGCUUGUUAUAGACCCCUCCUCAGCUCCCAGCUGUGCCCUGGACACCAUAUGUGAAUUGAUUGCCCCCAUUUAUCGUCAGAGUUCGUACUGUUAGGUGACCUAAACUGGGAUAUGCUUAACACCCCGGCCGUCCUACAAUCUAAGUUAGAUGCCCUCAAUCUCACACAAAUGAUCAAGGAACCUACCAGGUACAACCCAAAAUCCGUAAACAUUGGCACCCUCAUAGAUAUCAUUCUGACCAACUUGCCCUCUAAAUACACCUUUGCUGUUUUCAACCAGGAUCUCAGCGAUCAGUGCCUUGUUGCCUGCGUCCGUUCUGAUUCAAACGACCACCUCUCAUCACUGUCAAACGCUCCCUAAAACACUUCUGCGAGCAGGCCUUUCUAAUCGACCUGAUCUGGGUAUCCUGGAAGGAUAUUGACCUCAUCCCGUCAGUAGAGGAUGCCUGGUUAUUCUUUAAAAGUGCUUUCCUCACCAUCUUAAAUAAUCAUGCCCAUUUCAGAAAGGCUAGCUUUUUCAAACAGAGAUUUGCAUCCUGCAGCACGAAUUCCAAAAACUUUUGGGACACUGUAAAGUCCAUGAAAAAUAAGAGCACCUGCUCCUAGCUGCCCACUGCACUGAGGCUAGGAAACACUGUCACCGCCGAUAAAUCCAAGAUAAUUGAGAAUUUCAAUAAGCAUUUCUCUAUGGCUGGCCAUGCUUCCGCCUGGCUACCCUGGCCAACAGCUCUGCACUCCCUGCAGCAACUGGCCCAAGCCCACCCCUGCUUCUCCUUCACCCAAAUUCAGACAGCUGAUGUUGUGAUAGAGCUGCGAAAUCUGGAUCCUUACAAAUCAGCUGGGCUAGACAAUCUGGACUCUCUCUUCCUAAAAUGAUCCGCCUCCAUCGUUGCAUCGUUGUUAUUAGUCUGUUCAACCUUUAUUUCGUAUCAUCUGAGAAUCCUAAAGAUUGGAAAGUGGCCGCGGUCAUCCCCUUCUUCAAAGGGAGAGACACUCUAGACCCAAACUGUUACAGACCUAUAUCCAUCCUGCCCUGCCUUUCUAAAGUCUUCGAAAGCUAAGUGUACUAACAGAUCACCAACCAUUUCGAAUCCCACCGUACCUUCUCCACUAUGCAAUCCGGUUUCUGAGCUGGUCACGGGUCCAUCUCAGCCACACUCAAGGUCCUAAACGAUAUCAUAACCGCCAUCGAUAAAAUACAGUACUGUGCAGCCAUCUUCAUCGAUCUGGCCGAGACUUUCGACUCUGUCAAUCACCGCAUUCUUAUCGGCAGACUCAAGAGCCUUUGCUUUUCAAAUGACUGCCUCGCCUGGUUCACCCACCACUUCUCAGAGUUCAGUGUGUCAAAUCGGAGGGCCUGUUGUCCGGACCUCUGGCAGUCUCUAUGGGGGUGCCACAGGGUUCAAUUCCCGGGCCGACUCUUUUCUCUAUAUAUCAAUGAUGUCGCUCUUGCUGCGGAUGAUAAUUUGAUCCACCUCUACGUAGACGACACCAUUCUGUAUACAUCUGGCCCUUCUUUGGACACUGUCAAACUCCCAAACGUGCUUCAAUGCCAUACAACACUCCUUCCGUGGCCUCCAACUGCUCUUAAAUGCAAGUAAAACUAAAUGCAUGCUCUUCGCCUGCCCGCCCGACUAGCAUCACUACUCUGGACAGUUCUGACUUAGAAUAUGUGGACAACUAUGAAUACCUAGGUGUCUGGUUAGACUGUAAACUCUCCUUCCAGACUCAUAUUAAGCAUCGCCAAUCCAAAAUUAAAUCUAGAAUUGGCUUCCUAUUUCGCAACAAAGCCUCCUUCACUCAUGCUGCCAAACAUACCCCCGUAAAACUGACUAUCCUACCGAUCCUUGACUUUGGCAAUGUCAUUUACAAAAUAGCCUCCAACACUCUACUCAGCAAACUGGAUGUAGUCCAUCACCGUGCCAUCCGUUUUGUCACCAAAGCCCCAUAUACUACCCACCACUGCGACCUGUAGGCUCUCGUUGGCUGGUCCUCGCUACAUACUCGUCGCAAACCCGCUGGCUCCAGGUCAUCUAUAAGUCUUUUCUUGGUAAAGCCCCGCCUUCUCAGCUCACUGGUCACCAUAGCAACACCCACCUGUAGCAAGUGCUCCAGCAGGUAUAUUUCACUGGUCAUCCCCAAAGCGAACACCUCCUUUGGCCGCCUUUCCUUACAGUUCUCUGCUGCCAAUGACUGGAAUGAAUUGCAAAAAUCACUGAAGUUGGAGACUUAUCUCCCUCUCUAACUUUAAGCAUCAGCUGUCAGAGCAGCUUACCGAUCGCUGCAGCUGUACACAGCCCAUCUGUAAAUGGCCCAUCCAACUACCUACCUCAUCCCAUGUUUUUGUUUUUCUGGUCUUUUGCACACCAGUAUUUCUACUUGCACAUCCUCAUCUGCACAUCUAUAACUCCAGUGUUAAUUGGUAAAUUGUAAUUACUUUUCCACUAUUGGCCUAUUUAUUGCCUUACCUCCUUACUUCAUUUACACACACUGUAUACAGAUUUUUUUUAUUGUGUUAUUGACACUACGUUUGUUUAUCCCGUAUCUUGGCCAGGUCGCAGUUGUAAAUGAGAACUUGUUCUCAACUGGCCUACCUGGUUAAAUAAAGGUGAAAUCAAAAAAUGUAAAAGCAUUGACAUGGAUUCAGAACAUAAUUUUAUUGUUGGUCCUCUAUCAAUAAUUGUAAUAUUAUGAGUAGAAAAAUAGAGAAACAGAACAAAAUUCCCCAAAAUACAAAAUAAUUUAAUGGGGCCCCUUAGAUGUGUUUUUUCACCAUUAUUUUUAACAGGUAUAUUGACAGAAAACACAUCUCAUGUACACCAAGGACUGGGAGCAGAGAAGCAUGUGCCUAUUUGAAAGCAACAUUUUAGAUAUUUUUUUUAAAGGAGCUGGUGCUAGAAAAGGUUGGAGACCUGUGGCCUCAACUGAACCUCUGAUUCAUGGAAAACUCAGCUGCAUUCAUGUGGAGGCAACAUGUUGGAAUUUACUCACCUUUUGGGACGCCAAAGAGCAGCAUCAUAAGACGCAAAAGACAAUGCAAUGAUACAGAGAGAAAAAAAAGUACAUUUCUGUGAACUGCUGUUGCGAUUCUUCUGCCAAGUUCAUGCUGACACCACAAACAACAUUCUACAUCACACACACACAGGCGGAACGCAAGUCUGAUUACUGUACACCCCUCCAGCUGCUCGAUGCAGGAUAACAGCUCAGUUUCACAGGCCAAGCGUACGCAUGCUGCCUGGGAACAGAGAACAGUGGGCCCAGCUUUAUCAUGAUUAAGGAUGACAUCAUCCACUCAUGUUUGUUGUCACAACCUGCGAUGGAGCCUUUUGUUCCUGAACAACUACAGUUGAAGUCAGAAGUUUACAUACACCAAAAUAUAUUUAAAAUCUGUUUUUCAGAAUUCCUGACAUUUAAUCCUAGUAAACAUUCCCUGUCUUAGUUCAGUUAGGAUCAUCACUUUAUUUUAAGAAUGUGAAAUGUCAGUAUAAUAGUAGAGAGAAUUAUUAUUUCAGCUUGUAUUUCUUUAUACAUGUUCCCAGUGGGUCAGAAGUUUACAUACACUGAAUUAGUAUUUGGUAGCAUUGCCUUUAAAUUGUUUAACUUGGGUCAAACGUUUCAGGUAGCCUUCCACAAGCUUCCCACAAUAAGUUGGGUGAAUUUUGGCCCAUUCCUCCUGACAGAGCUGGUGUAACUGAGUCAGGUUUGUAGGUCUCCUUGCUCGCACACAUUUUUCAGUUCUGCCCACAAAUUUUCUAUAGGAUUGAGGUCAGGGCUUUGUGAUGGCCACUUCAAUAUCUUGACUUAGUUGUCCUUAAGCCAUUUUGCCACAACUUUGGUAUGAUUGGGUUCAUUGUCCAUUUGGAAGAUACAUUUGCGACCAAGCUUUAGCUUCCUGUCUGAUGUCUUGGGAUGUUGCUUCAAUAUAUCCACAUAAUUUUCUUUCCUCACGAUUCCAUCUAUUUUCUGAAGUGCACCAGUCCCUCCUGCAUCGACGCACCCCCACAACAUGAUGAUGCCACCCCCGUGCUUCACGGUUGGGAUGGUGUUCUUCAGCUUGCAAGCAUCCCCCUUUUUCCUCCAAACAUAACGAUGGUCAUUAUGGCCAAAUAGUUCUAUAUUUAUUUCAUCAGACCAGAGGAUAUUUCUCCAUAAAAUACCAUCUUUGUCCCUAUGUGCAGUUGCAAACUGUAAAGAUACUUUUGUACCUGUUUCCUUCAGCAUCUUCACAAGGUCUUUGCUGUUGUUCUGGGAUUGAUUUGAACUUUUCGCACCAAAGUACAUUCAUCUCUCGGAGACAGAACGCGUCUCCUUCCUGAGCGGUAUGACUGCUGCAUGUUCCCAUGGUGUUUUUACUUGCGUACUGUUGUUUGUACAGAUGAACGUGGUACCUUCAGGCGUUUGGAAAUUGCUCCCAAGGAUGAACCAGACUUGUGGAGGUCUACAAUUUUCUUUCUGAGGUCUUGGCUGAUUUAUUUAGAUUUUCCCAUGAUGUCAUGCAAAGAAGAACUGAGUUUGAAGGUAGGCCUUGAAAUACAUCCACAGGUAACCCUCCAAUUGACUCAAAUUAUGUCAAUUAGCCUAUCAGAAGCAUCUAAAGCCAUGACAUCAUUUUCUGGAAUUUUCCAAGCUAUUUAAAGGAUAGUCAAUUUAGUGUAUCUGACCCACUGUAAUUGUGAUACAGGGAAUUAUAAGUGAAAUAAUCUGUCUGUAAACAAUUGUUGGAAAAAUGACUUGUCAUGCACAAAGUAGUCCUAACCGACUUGCCAAAACUAUAGUUUGUUAACAAGACAUUUGUGAAGUGGUUGAAACACUUAGGUUGGAGUCAUUAAAACUUGUUUAUGUAAACUUCAGACUUCAACUUUAACUGUGCUUAAUGCCCUGUCCUAUUCAAUUUCAGGGAGUUACAGGAUAAAAAUACUCUGAUACUUUACUGUAAGGGGAGAGUGACUUGAUUGUUUAAAUUUGAACGGUUGUACCUGAUUCAUUGCUGUAGUCUGUGUGCCUGUGGAAUGGCAAAUGUGACUACUGUAUUUUGUACUGUUUGUUACUGAAUAAACACUUUCGAUUAGUUGGCUGAAAAAAUAUUGCCUAAAUGAAUAUAGUUUAUAAUUAAUGACUCUGAAGCUUAAGUAUUUUUGUUUCACCCAUGUAACUUUAUCAAAUCAAUUUGUAUUAGUCACAUGCGCCGAAUUUAACAGGUGUAGACCUUACUGUGAAAUGCUUACUUACAAGCCCCUAACCAACAAUUCAGUUAAAAAAAAUAUGGUUAAGAAUAAGAAAUUAAAUUAAUAAGUAAUUAAAGAGUAGCAGUAAAUUAACAAUAGCGAGACUAUAUACAGGGGGUUCCGGUACAGAGUCAAUGUGCCGGGACACUGGUUGGUUGAGGUAGUAUGUACAUGAAGGUUGAGUUAUUAAACUUACUAUGCAUAGAUGAUAACAACAGAGAAUAGCAGUGGUGUAAAAGGGGGAGGGCAAUGCAAAUAGUCUGGGUAGCAAUUUGAUUAGGAGUCUUAUGGCUUGGGGGUAGAAGCUGUUUAGAAGCCUCUUGGACCUAGACUUUGUCCUCCGGUACCACUAGCCGUGUGGUAGCAGAGAGAACAGCCUAUGACUGGGGUGGCUGGAGUCUGAUCAUUUUUAGGGCCUUCCUCUGACACCGCCUGGUAUAGAGGUCUUGGAUGGCAGGAAGCAUGGCCUCAGUGAUGUACUGGGCCGUUUGCACUACCCUCUGUAAUGCCUUGCGGUUGGAGGUCGAGCAGUUGCCAUACCAGGAAGUGGUGCAACCAGUCAGGAUGCUCUCGAUGCUGCAGCUGUAGAACCUUUUGAGGAUCUGAGGACCCAUGCCAAAUCUUUUCAGUCUCCUGAGGGGGAAUAGGUUUUGUCGUGCCCUCUUCACAACUGUCUUGGUGUGCUUGGACCACGUUAGUUUGUUGGUGAUGUGGACACCAAGGAACUUGACGCUCUCAACCUGCUCCACUGUAGCCCCGCUGAUGAGAAUGGGGGAGUGCUCGGUCCUCUUAUUCCUGUAGUCCACAAUCAUCUCCUUUGUCUUGAUCACGUUGAGGGAGAGGUUGUUGUCCUGGCACCACACGGCCAGAUCUCUGACCUCCCUAUAGGCUGUCUCGUCGUUGUCGGUGAUCAGGCCUAACCCUGUUGUGUCAUCUGCAAACUUAAUGAUGGUGUUUGAGUUGUGCCUGGCCGUGCAGUCAUGAGUGAACAGGAAGUACAGGAGGGGACUGACCACGCAUCCCUGAGGGGCCCCUGUGUUGAGAAUCAGUGUGGUGGAUGUGUUGUUACCUACCCUUACCACCUGGGGCUGGCCUGUCAGGAAUUCCAGGAUCCAGUUGCAGAGGGAGGUGUUUAGUCCCAGGGUCCUUAGCUAUCUGAUGAACUUUGAGGGCGCUAUGGUUUUGAACGCUGAGCUGUAGUCAAUGAAUAGCAUUCUCACAUAGGUGUUCCUUCUGUCCAGGUGGGAAAGGGCGUGUGGAGUGCAAUAGAGAUUUGGGGAGGUAUGCAAAUUGAAGUGGGUCUAGGGUUUCUGGGAUAAUGGUGUUGAUGUGAGCUAUGAUCAGCCUUUCAAACUUUGGUCUGAUAACUUUAGUCUGAUAAUAUAAGUUUGUGUUCAAUAUAAUGCGUUUGUUAUUCAAUAUUUGAUAUCUGGGUAGAACAAUAUUUAUGUCCUGAAUGAAUUUACCGUAAUUCACCCAUAGGGAAAUUACAUUAAUUCAUUUAAUUGAGCUCAAAUGGCUAGAGAACUGUGUUUGUGCGUGUGUGUGAAAUGCAACUGUUGCCCAUUUAUAUUUCUAGUCUUGUAUAUCAAAGAACGUCCAUGAGUGUAGUCUUAAAACGUAGUGACAUCGUAUUUCAAGUGGACUAUCUUCAUCUUCCACUUGAAAUUCAAACUCAUGUUUCGGUUGCUACAUGUUUUGUAAAAAUGCUCCCUGGAACGUCCAAAGCCCCCCACCACACCUCACUCCUCCUAUGUCUGGUGUUUUAUUAAGGCUACUUGAAUAAUGUACUUUUAUUCCAUUGGAAUUCAUUUUUCUGUCACUGUCAUUCUCUUUCGUGGGUGUUAAAGGACGCUUCCCUACACAUGCUCUACUCUGUCAUUCUCAUGGUCUAACGUCUCAGGGGCUUGCUCCAGGUUGGGCCCCGUGCCAAUUUAAUAAACAUAAGUGCUUGUAAUGA